AUGCAGUCGAAAUAUCCCCCACAAAGCAAGCCCGAGCCCCUAUCCGACGAAGAGCGCCAUGCUUUUCGAAACUAUUCCAGGCACACGCGUAGAAGAGAUGUAGCCGGGCAGCGACGGUCACGGUCUCCGGAUUGUUCUUUCUCGGAACCCAACUUUGAGGAUUUCGCGCCUUUUGCGCGGGACGAAGUUGCCGAGCGUGGAAUCAAUCGACCAGCCGCAAUGGGAGGACCGAUGAAAGAGCGCUUGAUGGAGAAUGCGAGGAUUCAGUUAGCUGAUGAGGCUUGUAUAGACCGCAAAGAUUCUUGA